AUGGUUCGUUUUAUGUUUCAUGUCGAAUAUGUUGUAUCUUAUUCGGUAAUUGUAGCCGCAUUAUUAGUCUGGGGGUUACUAUCCAAUACUGAAUCUCAGAUAGCAAUUGUUGCAACUUUGACUUGGAGACGCUGGGAUAAUGUUCAUGUCACUAUCGACUGUAUUUCGUACAAGGUGUAUGUAUUGACUUCUUCCGUAUACAUAAAAGGAACAACUCUUCAGUUCCGAUAUAUAAGGCUAUUUAUGUUAUAUAGACUACUCUGUUACAAGAGGAGGAGCGAGUUACCAUUCACAAGACCUCUGCAAUAG